ACGGAGUAUCUAUGUGUCUGUGGUCGUGUGUGUCUGCCUGUCUGUGUCUCUUUGUGUGUGUGUGUCUCUGUGUGUGUGUGUGUGUGUGUAAGAAAGAGAAAGGGGAGUGGGUAUGGUGUAAUGACGAGUUCACGUAGUGACGUCGUCUGGCCGAGAUCAAGAUGUUACGUUCAGGUAAUUUCAAGAUGGAGGUUUUAUGACCUUUGGGACGACAUGAGAUCGAAGACAAGAUGGCUGUCGGUCGCCAGUUAAACAAAGGACUAUUUCUAGACAAAGAGAUUUCUUAUCUCCUGGUUCUGGUGCCGAAUGGCUAGAUUUCUAUGCCACAUGAAAUAUGUAAAUAAGGGUAGGUCGGGACGUGUGUAAAAACAGGUUUAGGAGAAAAGAGAGAGAGAGAUAGGGAGAGAUAGAGAUCAGGAAACAUCAGAAACAUCGUCAGAGGCAGACUUCCGGCGAAGCGGGCAGCCCAGUUACGUGAGAUUUUUCUUUUAACAGAUGUAAAUCUCCGCAUUAUAUCUCUGACGGUAACACGUUAAAAGGAAGCGCCGGCUUGUUACCGCGCGCUUCAGUUCGUUGCGCGUUUCACGGCUAAAAACAGAUCAGGAGUAUACAGCUGCUCGAUCUCGAUCCGGGGUUAGAAACUAGAUGGAACGAGGACAAAACAGGGACUGAUUAAUUCUUAGAUCUACUAGAUAUUUGGAAAUACCUACCGCUGGACCUGAAUCUAGUGGACCUGAUCUGGGCUAAGGAGUCCGACCCUGUUUAGAACUAUCCUGGUCUGACUCAGACAUGAAUUUGUUGAAAAUUAAAACUAGGGCAGUGAUUCUGCUGUGUGUUCUGCUGAUGGGACUGUUGUACAGCUCAGUCCGGCAGUCCGGCAGAGUUAUAGAUCCCUUUAAACAGAAUCAGAUUUCACCUACAAAAAGGCAACCGCCCAUGUUGCCUAUGCCAGGAAACGCCACUAGUCGUACUGACGUGCUGACGAUGACGUCCUGGUCGGUUCCAGUGGUUUGGGAGGGAACCUUCAACCCGGUUCUCCUCGACAGCUUCUACCAGGACAAGAGCCUCACCAUCGCAGCCACUGUGUUUGCCCAGGGAAAGUACAUUAGGUUCCUGAAAAGGUUUCUGGAGACCAUGGAGCAGCACUUCUUCACUGGUUUCAAUGUGCAUGUGUUCGUCUAUACUGACCAGCCAAACGAGGUGCCCCAAGUCAAAAUGGCCAGCGGCAGACAGCUGACGGUGAAAACAGUGCCCACCCUUAACCGUUGGCAGGAUAUCAGUGCCAGUAGGAUGUUCCUGAUCCAGGCCCUUAUAGAUGAUGAGCUUCUUGACUACGCCGACUUCAUUUUCUGUCUGGAUGUGGACUCUGAAUUCCAUGGCCAUUGGGGCACGGAGUCAUUGGGAGAUCUGGUCGGUGUGCUCCAUCCAGGUUACUACAAAGCCCAACGCAGCGCACUCCCCUAUGAGCGGCGGCCGAUCUCCAAAGCCUACAUGGCUCCUGAGGAAGGGGACUUCUACUACUGUGGGGGGGCAUUCGGAGGCAACCUGCAGGAAGUACAACGGCUUUCCCAAAACUGCACCAUCAACUUUUGGGAUGAUCGUACAAAAGGCAUCGAGGCAGUCUGGCAGGAGGAGAGUCAUAUAAACAGGUAUAUGUGGCUCAAUAAGCCCAGUAAGAUUCUGUCACCUGAGUACCUGUGGCAAGACAUUGCAGCCCGCAAACCUGAAAUUCAUAUCAUCAGGUUCUUUGGAGUUGUGAAAAACUAUGCAGAGAUCCGACCGAAUGUCUGAGAGAACCCAACUGCACCAUAUGGAAUGUGAAAGUCAGCUAUGUAGUCCUGGCUCAUUUUCUGUAUAGUGUCGAACAGCGCUUAAAGUCAAAAUUAGUAGAUAUGGGGGGUUCAGGGGGGAUAGGGUCCUGGUCUAGACCUGGCGUGGUUUGGCCUCACCUGAUUUUGUUUGGGAUUUCAUCUGUCAGUUUAAAUAAAGUUGAUGACUCCUGAGUCUGUGUCUGCUGUCAA